UCUGGAAUGGAGGAGAUCCCAGUGAAAGUUGCAGUUCGAGUCAGACCUCUGCUUUCCAAAGAAAUACUUCACAACCACCGAGAUUGUGUCAGAUUAGUCCCAAAUGCAAACCAAAUCAUCAUUGGAAAGGGCCAUGUCUUCACUUUUGAUUUUGUAUUCAGCAAAAGCUCAACCCAAGAAGAAGUCUAUACUGUCUGCAUUAAGCCUCUUCUGGUGUCUUUGAUUGAGGGAUACAAUGCUACAGUGUUUGCGUACGGACAGACAGGUUCUGGGAAGACUUACACCAUUGGCAGUGACCCCAUUGCAUCAGUUGCAGUGGAUGAAAAGGGCAUAAUCCCACGUGCUAUUCAGGAAUUAUUUCAUCAUAUUUCUGAAAGCCCUAAUAUUAAGUUCCGUGUGAAAGUAUCUUAUAUAGAGAUUCACAAGGAAAAACUUCGAGAUUUGUUGGAGUUGGAGACCUCUGUGAAAGAACUGCAUAUACGAGAAGAUGAGAAGGGAAAUACAGUGAUUGUUGGUGCGAAGGAAUUCCAAGUAGAAUGUGCAGAUGAAGUGAUAAGCCUGCUGGAAAGUGGCAGUGCAGCUCGUCACAAAGGCACAACACGGAUGAAUGAGCACUCUAGUCGAUCUCAUGCCAUUUUUACCAUCAGUAUUUGUCAGAAACAGUCUGCAGGGUCUCCAGAAAAUACUGAUGCUGCACAGGAUGCAUCUUGGAAAUCAGCCCAGGUGAUUACUUCAAAGAUGCAUUUUGUGGAUUUGGCAGGAUCAGAGAGGUUUGCAAAGACUGGAAAUACUGGUGAACACUUCAAAGAAUCAAUUCAGAUCAAUUGUGGCCUCCUAGCCUUGGGAAAUGUCAUCACUGCCCUGGGAGACCCAAAAAGGAAAAAUGUACAUAUUCCAUACAGGGAUUCUAAAAUCACUCGUAUUCUGAAAGACUCCCUUGGAGGAAAUGCCAAGACUGUCAUGAUAACAUGUAUAAGUCCAUCCUCAUCAGAAUCUGAUGAAUCUUUAAAUUCCCUGAGAUAUGCCAGCAAAGCCAAAAACAUCAGAAAUAAACCAGUUGUAAAUUACAACCCCGAAAAGGACUGCAUUGAUGAAAUGGAACUUGAAAUCAGAUUGCUUCGGGAAGCUUUGCAGAACCAGCAGGCCAGUAAUCAGUGUUCACAUGGCCUAACUGAAGAAAGAGCUCGUAUCACUUCACUUGAGGAUCAGCUCACCCGCCUACAGGUUCAGUGUUCCAGUUACAGAAAUUGUGUCGAUGAGGCCUUCCUGUUUCUGGCUAAUUUGAAUGAUGAUGUUAGCUUAAGAAGAAGUCAGCAGGACAGGUUGCAGAGCUGGAUCACCAUGGCACAGAAAGUAAGGAAGGAAGCUCUCACCAUCCAGGAGACUGACCCCGGGACUGAGACCAGCGAACAGCCACACCAUGUCACAAUUCUGCAGCGAAAGGGGGAACUAAAGAAAUGCCAGGAGGCUUUAGUUAUGGAUGAAGAAGUAUUUGUCCAGAAGGAUCAUGACAUGCAGAAUCAGGUAAAGACAUUACUACAGGAAAAUAAAGAACAACCGAGAUCUUUAGAGGAGGCUCAAGAAACACAAAGAUUACAGAAUGAGAAAAUGGUGGAACAGCAAAUGCUUAUUGAUCAGCUGAAAGAGAAAUCAGAGAAGUUUACAGAUGUGAAACCUCCGGAUUUCUCCCAUUCUUGUGAAGAUGGGCCAGGUGUUGUGGCAUUUGCAAGGAGGCCCUACACUGUGCCACUCACAAAGAUUCUGCUCCGCACCCUUCACCCACCUUCAGUGACAGACACUCAGAAGGUGCAUAGCAGCUCAUUUGCUUUCCGUGUGGCCCAGAUAAUGGAAGCAUUUCAUGCUUGCAGACAGGUGGUAUUGAGGAACUUGGAAGAUCAGGAUACAGUCCUUCACUGCCUCCUCUCUGAUCAAGUAGAUGGGGAAAAGAAGCGUAUUUGGAAUGUAGCAUGUUCAACGUUCUUCCUUAGGCAUUCCAUAUAGCAGACAUGGACACAAAAUCAGGCUUCUCUGUGCUUUUUUCCUGAUCUAAGUGACAUGAAACAUCAAGUAGACAAGUCUGGUUUACCCAACAAUUCUGUGCUGCAGACUGACACAACUACAGGUGAAGAGAUUCACAGCCUCCAGAAAAUUCAUGUUUGUGACAUGCAGCAGUUAAAGAAUUCAGAGUUGAGACUCACUGAGGCUGAGCAAAAAUUAAGAGAACUUGCACUUAAUUUCAAAGGGAAAGGGGAACUCAUUAAGGAAUUAGUAAGAAUGGGUAACUGGCUACUUUGUAAUUUUUACUGUAUGCUCGGUGCCCCUGAUGUCUUCAGGGACAUGCAUUUGUCACAUGGUGUCUGGGAUAAAAAAUACAUCACUGUAUCUUCUAUAUUCUAUCGCACUAGAGGAACAAAGAAGAUCAGUGCAGCUAAGUUGAAAGUGCAGGGCUUACAGAAGAAGUAGCAAGACAUUAAGAAUCUGGCUUCAUUAUCUAACCAAAGUGAGAGAGAAGCAACAGAACUUGAGCAGAAUGAGGUGCCGAAGAGACUGUGUGAAGAAAGUGAAAAAAAGAAGCAAUUAGAAGCUGAGAUUCGUAAAUUUAGGAUCGGUAUUUCAGAUUAUAUACGGUUGAGGACUCUGACAUUAAUGCAUUUGACUGAUGCGGGAAGAAGAAUAGUGCUUUUUGCUUGUUCACGGGAACUUCAGAUGGUGCAACAACAGAAGAGCAUUAAACUUAAGGAUAAAGAAAUUGCUGAAUUUAAAAAGAAGAAAAAAAAGUCAGUGGGAACUCCACAGAAUCUUCAGAAAUUAGAAGAGCACAAAAAGUGGCUUGAGGAAGAAAUGGUAAGAAUUCUUCAACAGCACCAACAAUUAGCAGAACUAGAAGAAGAUUUAAAGAAAAGAGAAGCCCUUGUAGCCAAAAAGGAAGCCUUAUUGCAAGAGAAAAGCCAUCUGGAAAUCAAGAAACUGAGAUCUAGCCAGGCUUUAAACAAAGAUAGUAUGAGAUUGUCUACUUGCUUAAGUAUGCUGGACCAGGAACUGUGUGAUAAAAGUAUGCAGCUUCAGGGCAGCACCACUGAAGAUAAGACAGACAUUUUGGAAAAAAUUCAGCUUCUCCACGUGGAAAGGGAUCAGCUGCUCAGAAGGAGAAAUAGCGUGGAUGAGAAACUGAAAGAUGGUAAAGUGUUGUCACCGAAAGAAGAACAUAUCCUUUUCACGCUAGAAGAAGGAAUUGAAGCCCUGGAGGCUGCUAUUGAUUACAACAAUGAAAGUAUUCAGAAUCGUGAGCACUUGCUUAGGUCAUCUUCUCAGAGUCUUUCACAGAGUGAGAAUAAUAUCAUAGGGAAACUAGUUUUCCUGUCUAUUGUUGGCCUGUGUGAGUCUGUGCAGAUUGAGGAACAGGAAGUGAAGGCCACAGAGCAGGAGAACGUGAUACAUGAAUUAGAAUUGGCCCUUGAACACAUCAGACUGCACUGUGACAGGCAGCUGACCCUCAAAGAGCACGCCAAGAAAAUACAGUUAAUACUGCAUCAUUUCAAAGAACAAGAUCAUGAAGGUAUUGCAGAAACCUUGAAAGGGUAUGAAGUAAAAGUCCAGAAACUGGAAAAAGACUUAUUUUUCUAUAAGAAAACCAACAGAGAGCUGCAGAAGAAAUUGAAGGACCUCUCUGGAGAGUCAUCUCAUCAAUUACUUACACCAUCAAACUAUAAAAGUAGUGGUGACAGUGCAUCCUGUCCAGAUGAAGCAGAAGUUGCUUCUGAAGAAUUCAAGUGA